AUGGCCUCCCCGCUGUACCGGUACGUCUACUUCAAAGUCUACUUCAAAGUUCAGCCCCUGCUCUUUUCUCUCCCCUACCUACAUCCUUUACAAUCUGGUCAACUGCGUGUUGUGCUUGAGAUUUUGCAGGGUGCGGGUUGGUGGGCGCGAAAAAGAUGA